CGCCUUUUUUCCUUUUUUCUACUUUUUUUUCCAUAAUGAGUGACAAUCAACGUCUACAGAAUCUUUACAUUGCUCGCCUGACUUCACAAGAGAGGCCUUGCUUUGUAUGCAGUAAGUUUACGAAUGUGGUUUUGACAUUGGCCGACAAUAGUAAUGCAGAUUGGUUUUACACCUGUAAAAGUCAUCUUGGGGAUUUUAAUUUCUGUUCGAAAGUGGGUGGUACAAAGACAAAAAGUCCAGAGCUGAAAAAGGAAGUGCUUGUGAAUCGACCUGUGGAAAGUGAUAGUGUAUCUGAUCUUGUUUCGAGUAUCGGGACAGCAUGGAAAUCAUGGCGAGGAAAAGACGAGAAAAAGCCAGAGGAUGCAGAUAAAAAAGAGAAAAAGGAAGAAAAAAAAGAAAAAAAAGAAGAAAAGGCAGAGAAAGAACAAGCCGACGUAAAGAAACAAGAUACAUCUUCUCCUCCUGCUAUUAGUUCCCCUGUCUCUCCCCAACAACCAGUUCGAUUUAUCCUUCAAAAAGAUUAUUUCUAUUUACGUCAGAGAGAAUACAUGAAAAAGCUCCAGAGCAAGCAAGCUUCUGAGAAACUGAAGACCUUACAAUUCCCUGAAGUUCCUAAAAACAAGCCAAUAUAUACUACACCACCUACCAAAUAAAUCUUAAUUCUCCCACAGUGGGCUCCCAUCCUGUCUUUGAUAAUAU